AUGUCGCGAGACAAGAGGUCAAAGGUGGCCACCGUACCAGCCGACGAGAGUUUCCCGGUUCCCAUAGAGAUGUCCCAGCAACACGUCUUCUACGUGGUGCCUGCUGAAGUUGGGCUGGAUCCGCUGGGACCUCCGAUCGCCUGGUUUCAACGACCUGGUGGGAGGUACGUCGACUCCCGCUGCGCUGUUCCCGGUGAUUCCGAGCCGUGCCACUUCAUUAGAGUUCUCUACGAGGAAGAGACCUACGGAAGCCGCCGAGAGCUACCGACCGAAGAUUUCGCUCACCACAUCUUCCACCUCCAUCCCCCUCUCCUCCUCCAAAACCUCCUCCCGUUCACCAUCAGCGCCGGAGACAUAGGAGUGAACUGGUCUACUUGUCCCAUAAAGCCAGGAGAAUUUAUACAUUGCCACGGAAUCGCACCUGACCGGGAGCCACACGUUACCAUCUCUGUGUCUCUGCCGCAGGAGGACAGUCUAAUGGGGAAGCUGCGGCUGGUCAAGAACCCCAAGAAAUACUCCGAAUUUGCAGUCUCCUCCAACAACACGUCUGUCGUGUUGAAUGUGUUGACGGAUGACCUUGGCUACCACAAAGUGAGCAUUUUCAGUCCCUACUGGAUGACCAACAAGACUGGACGAGACAUUGAAUAUCUGGUUGACGGGAAAGCUAUCAAGCAUCCAUCGAGCAAAUCUCUCAUUCUUCUCUCCACCAGUAACCCCAAGAACAAUAUCCAAAUUAGGACCAGGACAAACGCCGGCAAGCUGACUGACUGGACUCUCAAGUUCUCUCUGAAUGCCGUGGGCACCAGUGGAAACUUUCCCGCUCGCUAUGGACAAGAACUCUACAUUUUUGGAGUGGAGGCCCAUCUAUCCCAGUUCACACUUACAAAGAUUGUCAACAUUUCUCCUUACUACAUGUUGGUCAAUGAAACUGAGACUGACCUGUACGUGGCCGAAACUGCCGAUCCCCACAAUAUAAUACUGCUACCACCAGGAGAGCUGGUCCCGUUCUGGCCUGUGACCGACGGAAGUAAGCUGAGACUCACUCCGGGACUUGGGAAGGAGGCCGUGGUCUUCAACUACAAGAGACCAGACACUGUCUGUCUCAAACUUAAUGAUGAGAUACAGGUAGUGUGUGUGGAUAUCCAGGAAUCAGAGUCGGCCAUUAUCACCAGCUUCACUCCCUACUACCCUGGCUGCGUGCCUGUACAGAUCAUAAACCACUUCCCUGAUGUCACCAUUCAGUUCAUGCAGGAUGCCAAGCAGUCCAAGGGAACGAUAUACACUCUGGAGCCUGGAGAGACCGUGUUCUACACGUGGGACCACCCCAACGACCGGCGGGCUCUUCGCUGGGGACUCCUCAGCCUCAGAGUCAAAGAUCCAAAACACAUCUUUGUCGACAAGAAUGACCAGCAGAUGUUCCGUAUUCGAUCUGGAGACUCUUCCUCGGCCGCUGGCUCCUCGACCUUCUGGAUGGAUGACAACUGGGUGGACGUGGAUGAGAACUUCUCCGAGAGACUGGUCUCCCCCGACGACAGUAACAGUGACACGUCGAGUAUCAGCUCCGCGUCCACCUCAAGAGGAGACGGGGUCGUGGGUGCAGUUGAGGGUCGCUCUGCCUCUCGAGCCUACUGGAAGUCCUUCAUCAGUGGCAUCCAGCGGGUCGUCCUGUUCACACCGUUCCUGGAGACUGUUGACAGGAUCAAGGUCGUGGGGUCGUACUCGAGACCCCAGGUGGAGGUCUUGCUGGGGCUGAGUGCCGUGGGGCUGUCGCUGGUGGACAACAGCAAGAAGAGGGAACUGGCUUAUAUCGCCAUCACACAGUCAGGGGUCAUCUGGCAGGUGGAGAAAGUCAACGCAGAAGAAGUGGAAGUACUCUCAAGACAGAACGCUCAGUAUAUAGUGCAGAACAUUAAAACCUACCGCCUAGAAGAGCCCACUGGCAAGAUAAGCAAACUAGACGUCAAAUACAAGAAUGUUUCUGGGGAGCAACAACUCCGUUUUCUGGGUCAUAACCCUCAAGUGCUGUAUCCUCUACCACCGCCUCCAACUGUGGCCUCUGAAACUGUACUCCAUUCCUGGUUCCACGCUGCUACAGGUAUGUUCAUGUGCUGGUGCAGAAGAUGGCAGUCAAUGCUGAUCUGGGAUUGUCGCGCAUGGCGUGUGGUGGCUUUCUCUCAGGGCCGAGAGCGAGCCAAUAUUCACACUGAGAUCUGUCCAAAAGACCUGGACGCUAGUAAGAGCUUCUUUGACGUUCUGCACAUUGCUCCAAUCAAGAUGGUGGUGAGUUUCAACGUGAGGAGUGUAGGUAAGAACAAGGACAGCAACACUGUGGGAGACAGGGUUCUGGAGCUGUUCCUCCACUCUCUGGGAGCCAUUCUCACCUCCGUUCAGGACACUGAAAUGAAGUUCAGUUUGUUCCACAUGGAGUACCAGAUGAAGACUGGUAGAGCUCUCACUAGGAAACUCAUCAAACACUACAGAACACAGGCACUGGUAGAGCUGUAUACUCUAGUACUGGGACUGGACGUACUGGGGAACCCGGUCAAUGUGGUGAGAGGAGUCGUGGGAGGGACCAUUGACCUCUUCUAUGAACCCAUCAAGGGGAGUGUGCUGGGACCUGAAGAGUUCUUAGAAGGUCUGGGGAUUGGCCUCAGGAGUUUCGUGGGUGGAACAGUAGGAGGGAUAACGGGAGCAGGGGCCAAGAUAACUGGCGCCGUGGGCGACGUGUUUGCAAAGCUGACGUUUGACGAGCAGUUUCAGGACAAGAGACAGCAGCGGAAGACGAAGCCUCCGAGACUCGGCUCCAAAUUUGGCGGCUUUGCCAAGAACGUGUUUGAAGGGGUGACUGGUGUCGUAGCUCAGCCAGUAAAAGGGGCUCAGAAGGAGGGAGCAGUGGGGCUGUUUAAGGGGGUGGGGAAGGGGCUGGUUGGACUGGUAGUCAGACCCACCGGCGGUCUCAUUGAUCUCACCAGUGGCACUCUUGACUUUGUCACCAGGAAAACUCAAGUAGGAAACUUUGAAAUCAAAGACAUCAGACCUCCUCGAUUCAUUGGCAGAGAUGGGGUUGUGAGGCCGUUCUCUCCGGGCAAAGCUCUUGGAACUGCUCUGCUUCGCGCGGUGGAUGAGGGAAAAGUUUGUGAAUCAGUUUUACCACGGCCACGUCAAAAUAUCAAAGAAGGCAAUCAUCCUAGUGCUUGACAGAUCAGUCAUGCUAAUAGAGAAGAAUGUACUGAGAGAUGUACUGGGUGAUGGAGGAUGGGGGAGUCAGCUCUGCGUGUGGUUCAAGCAUCUUCAGAUGCCACCAGUCAGAGUCCAGGAGUCAACCAUUGUCUUCAACUAUAAACCUGGCAAAGAGAGAAGUCCGCAGCAAAUAUCAGGAAACACAGCCAAGGCAGCCCAAGUGAGUGAUUCUAGUUUACUUAUAGCAUUGUUCAAGACAAGUUUUUCGUGGCUCUGCAAAAAAUAUUAUACUCAGAUUUAGCCGUGCAAGUAUCCAAAAUGCUAUGGUGUCUAUCAGAGCGUCGGUAGACGCUCUAUAUAGGGAUGACACGGGUGAAA